AUGUACAACGGAAUAGGGUUACAGAUUCCGAGGGGUUCGGGGACGAAUGGCUACAUCCAGACCAACAAGUUCUCCAUCAAAUCGAGGACCGGGAAGGUCGCCGACUCUUCCCGCGGCUUCGGCACCGGCGCCGUCACCAAGAAGCCCAACAGAGACAUCCUCGAGCAUGAUCGCAAGCGCCAUAUUGAGCUCAAGCUCGUCGUGCUCGAAGAUAAGCUCAUCGAUCAGGGUUUACCGACGCUGAGAUCGCCGAGAAGCUUGACGAGGCUCGGAAGACUCUCGAAGCUGCCGCGGCUUAAGAGGAGCGUGGUGGACCCGGCGCUGUUGUUGUUUCCGAUAAGAAGCAAGGUUUCAGAUACGCAGACCCACCAAAUUGCCGCUAGGAAGGAGAAACAAACGGAAACAUUAAGAGCUGUUCUCGGGCUUGCUGCGCCCGAAUCAGCUGACAAGAAUACUGAUGAUAUCGAAGAUGGACUGAAAAGGACUAUGGGCUUCUAUUUUGUGUGA